UCAGGUUUCCCAGCACGAACAUCAAGAUCACGUUCACAGCCCUGUCCAGCGACAAGAGGGAAAAGCCGGAGGCGCCCGCGUCGCCGGUGAAGCCCGUGCAGCCGCAGAUCUCGCCCCUCACCAUAAACAUUCCAGACAACAUGGCGCACCUGAUCAGCCCCCUCCCGUCCCCCACCGGCACCAUCAGUGCUGCGAAUUCCUGCCCGUCUAGCCCCCGUGGUGCAGGCUCUUCAGGGUACAAAAUGAGUCGUGUGAUACCAGCUGACCUACAUUUAAUGGCAGACAAUUCGCAGUCGGAGAACGACAAGGAAGCUUCGGGUGGAGACAGCCCAAAGGAUGACUCUAAGCCACCUUACUCCUAUGCACAGUUAAUAGUACAAGCAAUUACAAUGGCACCUGAUAAGCAGCUUACACUAAAUGGAAUUUAUACGCACAUAACUAAAAAUUAUCCAUACUACAGGACAGCAGACAAGGGCUGGCAGAAUUCAAUACGCCACAAUCUCUCUCUGAAUCGUUAUUUCAUCAAAGUCCCGCGUUCCCAGGAAGAACCAGGCAAAGGCUCAUUCUGGAGGAUAGACCCUGCCUCUGAAAGCAAAUUAAUAGAGCAGGCUUUUAGGAAAAGGCGGCCUAGGGGAGUGCCUUGCUUUAGAACCCCUCUGGGACCACUCUCUUCUAGAAGUGCCCCRGCCUCUCCCAACCACUCCGGCGUGCUGUCCGCACACUCGAGCGGAGUGCAGACCCCCGAGAGCCUCUCCAGGGAAGGAUCGCCCGUCCCCAUGGAGCCCGAGCCGAGCGCCAUCCAGCCAAAAUUAGCGGUCAUACAAGAAGCACGAUUUGCACAGAGUGCCCCAGGAUCACCUCUCUCUAGCCAACCUGUUUUAAUUACUGUACAACGGCAGCUACCACAAACUAUUAAACCUGUCACCUACACUGUUGCAACUCCUGUGACGACAACAACAUCCCAGCAGCCUGUAGUGCAGACGGUUCACGUUGUUCACCAGAUACCAGCUGUGUCCGUCACAAACGUGAGUGGAUUAGCACCAGCAAACACUUACACGGUAGCUGGACAGGCGGUUGUCACGCAAGCUGCGGUGGUAACCCAGCCCAAGGUGGAACCUCAAGAGAACGGAGACCACAAGGAAGUGAAAGUUAAAGUGGAGCCUAUACCUGCUAUUAGUCAUGCUGCAAUAGGAGCUGCUAGUCGUAUCAUUCAGACAUCUCAGCCCACACCCCUACAGACAGUUACUAUAGUGCAACAGGCACCUCUAGGUCAACACCAGCUACCAAUAAAAACUGUAACGCAGAACGGAACGCACAUAGUACCCAUCACCACUGCGAUACAAGGACAAGGCAACGCUGCUGCGGCGAGUCCCCUGCACAUGCUGGCGACCCACGCGUCCGCGUCGGCCUCCCUGCCCACCAAGCGCCAGAACGGAGACCAGGCCGAGCAGCAGGACCUCAAACGGAUCAAAACGGAGGAUGGGGAGAGCAUAGUCAUAGCCGUUAACGUGGACACCCCGCCCGUGGCAGUGAGUGACAAAGGCAGCCAGAACUAGAAACUUAGAGGAGUUUUCUUUCCUUUUCCUUUUUUUUUUUU